UCGGAUCAGGAUCCAGUGGGAGGAGGGAGGAACUGAAAGAGCGCGUUUGGACACGGGAAGCUGCUCCCUGGUUUCGUGUGGCGCGCACCUCCCCUCUCCGUAGCGUAAAGAGCCUCCUCUCGCUUUACGGAGCCUGCUUACAAUUCCUGCUCUUCGUGCCAGAGCCUGCAGCUGUCUCUGGUGCGUCCCACUGCCGCUGCUGUGGGAAAUCGUCGGCCACUUCGUGACGAAUCGACCGCAGACUUCCUUCCCCCCCUCUUUUGAAGGACAAACCUUGAAGGAGUUCGCAACUUUUAAACAAUUUUCCAACACUGUUUGGGAGGCUGAAUGAAGACACCUGACGGCUCGUAACGCGCCACCCGCGUGUUGACUGCAACCUUUCCAACUGUCAAGGCUAUAGGAAUGUGGAAUACAAGUCUUUCACAGCGUCUCUCUCAUGCAGCGUAAGGACCUGCCUCUGCCCUUGACACCAUGACCACAGACCUGAACUUGACCUCCCUGCUGAAUGUAACAGACCUCCAUAAUCACACACGAGGAUGUUCUCUCACCAAGACAGGUUUCCAGUUCUACUACCUGCCCACUGUUUACAUCAUAGUCUUCAUCACGGGGCUGGUGGGCAACAGCCUGGCCAUUUGGAUGUUUGUGUGCCACAUGAGACCCUGGAGCAGCAUCUCCGUCUACAUGUUCAACCUGGCUCUGGCUGACUUCUGCUACGUCCUAUCGCUGCCCUUCCUCAUCUUCUACUACUUCAACAAAACAGACUGGAUAUUCGGGGAUGUGCUUUGCAGGCUGCAACGUUUUAUAUUCCACGUCAAUCUUUAUGGGAGUAUUCUGUUUCUGACCUGUAUCAGUGUUCACAGGUACACUGGGGUCGUGCACCCGCUCAAGUCGCUGGGCCGGCUAAAGAAGAAAAACGCGGUUAUCACCAGCGCGUUGGUGUGGGUGGUGGUUGUCAUAGGCAUCUCCCCCAUUCUUUAUUACUCGAGGACAGGCUUGAAGCGUAAUUCAACCACUUGUUAUGACACUACCACUGAGGAUGAGUUAUCCGCUUAUUUUAUCUACAGCAUGACUUUAACUGUGUUUGGGUUCUGCAUCCCAUUUAUUAUCAUAUUUUGUUGCUAUGGUAUGAUUGUCAAAGCGUUAAUUUAUAAUGACAUGAACAAUGCGCCACUGCGGCAGAAAUCUAUCCACCUGGUUAUCAUCGUGCUCGCCGUCUUCGCCGUCUCCUACCUUCCUUUCCACGUGAUGAAGAACCUCAACAUGAGGGCCAGGCUGUACUUCCAGAGCCCCGACAUGUGUGAUUUUAAUAACCGUGUCUACGCCACAUACCAGGUGACACGGGGGCUGGCCAGCCUCAACAGCUGCGUGGAUCCUAUUCUUUACUUCCUGGCUGGAGAUACCUUCCGGAGGAAGCUGUCACGGGCCACUAAAAAACCCUCCAGGAAGGGGGACAAUGUCCUUCAGUCCAAGAGCGAAGAGACGGCUCUCAACAGCCUGGCUGAGUAUGUAGAGAAUGGGGACCGCAGGCUGUGACAAGGCAACUCCGUGUGCCUGGUCAUGGGCGUGGAUCUGUAUUAUCUUUAGAAACCACUGUGGACUUUGUAUAGAAUGAAUAAAUGCACUGCGUGGACUGAAGGUUGCGCGUACAAACUGAAUGGGCGAUGGUUCAAAGAACUGUAGGAUAAAUACUUUUCUAUUACUAUUCGCUGCCUGUCGGUGUUGAUAAACUAUUGUACUGUGUUGUCCUCUACUGUACUUUAAAUGUUCGAGCCAGUACUCUUCAUCCUCAUCAAGUAGUUAGCGUUGCUUACACUUUGAACAAAAUGAACAUAAUGACCAGGCAAGCAGUGGAAAAUUGGUUUCCCUAUGAGCCGUAGUGACCUGUACAUCAAUUUGUUACGGAAAAAAAGGCCUGAGAGCGGACAGCAUCUUCUCCAGCCACCGAGCUGAUGCUUAAUCAAUAGCUAUUAAGCAGGUGAGAGCUGGUGGUUAAGGAAGUGCACCUGGGAUGGCUUUUGGUGGAAAAAGUAAAUGCACUCAAUCUGAGAUUGCUGCGUGGAUGUGCUGUGCAGACAUUGUAAUGCACUAUGACCGGGGAGUCUCUGCACAGAGGGCCACCUAUCACUCCUCAUUUCUUUCUCCAUCUAUUACUGACUGUGCGAGGAAUGUGGUCGACUACUUUUUCAUUUUGACAGCUCUGGGGUUGAGGUCUGUAAUGGUUCUUUUACCACAAUCUUUCGCUUCCUUGUUAACUAGUUCCUUACAGGAAAAAAAUGCGAAUACUUCCAGUAUUUUUGUGUACACGAUACUACAAUGAAUGUUAUUUUUUUCUUUUCUGAGGUGUACUGUACAGGCUGUUGUAACGUUCCAGAUUAGCUUGUGUUGUUAACUGUUUUUGUUCAAGUCGGCGACACUAAUUUGGACGUUUAGUGCAUGAGACCAGUGUCAAAUAGCAUCAGUUGAACUCUGACUAAUAGUGGCAGGUUCUAACUACAAUAUAGGGAAUAACUAAUAGCUUUUAUAUGAGCAGAACAUACACACACACUCAUCUGCAUUGUGAGUUCAUCAGCUUAAUGAAGACCUGUUUUUAUGAGAUACCUCAACGUAAGUACUGCACUGUGUCCGGUUUUUAACAGAUAAUCAUUUCACUUUUGUAUCUGUUGUGAUCACUGUGGAGAAUCAAUUGUGGAGCUCUCUUUGAACAUAUUUUACCCUGGACUAGGUAGAUGUUUGAUGUCUGUGCUAAUACCUUUGUAAAUCUGUAAUGUGGUCAGUUCUUUGUCGAGACAGGAGGUGACUCACCUGUAUGAGAAAUUUGGAGCCACGUAUAUCUUUGUCAAUAAAUUUUGAUAUUUAAAUCAUGGUA